AUGGGCGGGCGCCCGAGGGCGGGCAUCGUCUGCGUCCAGGCCUCGGCCUCUCUGGCGGCUGUGGGCAGCAGCCGUAGCUGGGCGUCUGUUGCGCAAGAUGUGAAGAGCCGUCUGGCGUCGUCGAUGGAGAGCAACCAGAGCAGGAUGGAGCAGCUGAUGCUCUGGCUGGGGGAGACCAGGCUGGACCUGGAGGCAGAGGCGCAAGUGCGGCAGAUCCCGCACUGGGAGGCGGAGGAGUGGCGGGCGGAGUACCAGUCGGCCGCUAACAUGCUGCUGAAGCAGUGGUUUGGCAGCCCCUCCCACUCUGAUAAGAUCGAGGCCAAGAUGGCAGGGGUGCUGACGCUGAGGGUCCUGCAGGCCUACAGCGAGAACACCGGCGAGGCGUUCAAUGACAGCGACAGCGCGUUUGCGCAGCUCCAGGCCUUCCUGCCCGCAGUGCUGGGGGAGGCACUGGAUCGCACCGCAUUGGAGCGCAUGAUUAGGGCGUGGGUGGCGCUGCCUAAUGAGAAGCUGGAGCAGCCGGAGGAGGAGGCGGCACGUGAGGCGGCGGAAGCUGCAGCCAGGGUGGAAGAAGCCACCGCUGCGGUCGAGGCUGCCGCCGCCGUUUUGCGCGCCGAGAAGGAGAAAGCGCAGGCUGCUGCACAGGCUGCCGCGCAGGCUGCCGCCGCAAAGACCGUGCAGGCGGCUGCACAGACUGUUGGCGCGGAUUCGCCGCGGCUCCGCGAGGCGGCUGCCUCACCCUUCCCUGCGUGA